AUGAAACUGUUCAUUGUUGCCGCUCUGUUUGUGGCCGCCACCGUCGCCGCCCCGGUUAACCCUGACACUGAUGCUCAGAUCCUCCGAUACGACAAUGAUAACAUUGGUGUUGGCCCCUACCGCGUAGACGUCGAAACCUCCAACGGGAUCUCACAGUCUGCGCAGGGAGAGCUGAAGAACGCUGGCACUGAGAACGAAGCCACGGAGGUCCGGGGACAGUAUUCUUACGUUGGGCCCGAUAACGUUGUCUACACCGUCACCUACAUCGCCAACGAAAAUGGAUACCAGGCCGACGGCGCGCACAUACCCAGGAAUCAAUAA